CAUUGGUCAGGAUGCACAGCUGAUGGUGGUAUAGGCGGCUUGCAAUUCAACGGCCCAUAACCACAAAUGAGUGAAGUUGAUGUUACAAAUAUAACGUAACGGGCUUUUAUUGUACACUAUUAUUCAUUAACCGAAAUUAGUAUCAACAUAUGUAAAACAUGUCUUCGAAUAGAACUUUGAGAAGGUCUUCGCGAAUAAAACCUCUCGUAAAAUAUAAAGAUGACAGCGACGCGGAAACACCUAACUCACCAUCAGCUAAUUUAUUAAAGGCUGAAAUAGAAAAAGAAUUGGAAGAUAUACAAGAGGAUGUACAAAAGCCACACGAGCUAUUUUCUGAGAAGGAUGUCAAUGGAAGAAAAUUAUAUGGAUUUCAAACACCGGUAAAAAAGAACAGUAUGAUACUCAAAGCCAACCAGUAUAGUACACCUACAACACCUACACAUUUAAAGACAAUGUCUGAUUUGAGAGUUGUUCUAGAUGAUAUUGUAAUUGAUUCAAAAACUAAAAAAUCAAUGAAACACAAAAAUGCUGAUGCAAAAGAGAGUCGAAAGCAAUUUUUGCCUAGGGUAAAUUCAAGUGGUGAUGAAAGUAUAUCAGAGGACAGUGAGUAUGUUCCUACAGAUACGGAUGAAACUAAUUCUGAUGGAACAUCUGAUAACAGUGAAGAGAACAGAAAUUCUGAUACUGAUGAAGAAGAAAACAAUAUUAAAAAGGAACAAGUAGAGAAGAAACAAAGCAUGUUACAAAAAUCUUUGCUAAAAUGUGAAAUACAAAAUACUCCCAGACACAAGACAAAGAAUAGUCGUAAGACAAUUACUUAUAAAGAUUGUCAUAUAAAAACUGAUGAAUUCUUUGAGUCCCAACGAGGAAAAAAGAUUACAUCCGAUCAUACAUUAGAGAGACUUCGAAACGUGCGCCUUACUGAAGAGAAACUAGGAGAAUUGCUAAUAAAUCAGAGUCAUGUUUCUACGAUACAUAAGAAACAUAUUCAAUUAUUAACGGAAAAUUAUAGGUCAUUCUUUUCAAUGUGGUAUUUUAUAAUGGAGGAAGGUUACAGCCUUUUACUUCAUGGUCUAGGCUCGAAAAGGAAUUUAAUUAUUGAUUUCCAUCAUGAUAUCUUAAGCAAUCAUCCAACACUGGUUAUAAAUGGAUUUUUUCCUAGUUUGACAAUAAAAGAUAUACUGAAUGACAUAAUUACAGAAAUAUUGGAUUUAGAUUGCCCAGCAGGCCUAAAUGAUUGUCUGAAACUUAUUGAAGAAGUUUUGGCAACUAAUUUAGACGAUCGACUCUACUUAAUAAUUCACAACAUAGACGGGAUAAUGUUACGUUCGAAUAAAGUUCAAAAUGUUCUCACUAGUUUAGCAGCUAUACCAAAUAUUCGAAUUUUAGCGUCCGUCGAUCACAUCAAUGCGCCACUUCUCUGGGAUCACAUAAAACGUGCGAAAUUCAAUUUCUAUUGGUGGGAUGCAACCACAUUCUUACCAUAUCAAGCUGAGACGUCGUAUGAGAGUUCUCUAUUGGUUCAACAAAGUGGUGCACUCGCUUUAUCUUCCCUUCAAAAUGUCUUCCUUUCUCUAACUUCAAACGCUCGGACGAUUUACAUACUUCUUGUCAAGCAUCAAUUAAGUCAUACUGGUGGUAACUACGCAGGAAUGUCGUUCAGGGAUUUGUAUCAAGUGGCGCGCGAGCAGUUCCUGGUCAGUUCCGACUUAGCAUUGAGAGCGCAGUUAACCGAGUUCAUAGACCAUAAAUUGAUACGAACAAAGCGCAACGUCGACGGUGCUGAACAUCUUACGAUACCCCUCGACAAGGGUCUUUUAAAGCAAUUUCUCGAGCAACACGGAUCGUGAUUUACCUGGGAUAAAUUCGCGAAACAAAAAAAGAUACAUAAGAUUUUGUAAGAUAAUUUAUAUUAAAAACAUGUAAUAGUUGAAAGAGUUUUACUCUCGAUUCGCACGUUUUAAUGCUACUUAAAUUACAUUUAAAAUUCAAUUAUAUACUUUUAUUGAAAAUUAUAUUUUUUAUAAAUAAUGUGUGCUAGUAGUUUGUUUAUCGUAGAUUGAUAAAAGAAUUAUUUUUUUAAUGACUUUUCAUCAUAUUAUCUGCACUAAACAUCUCACGAUAUGUUUCGAUAAUAAAACGAUUUCUCGGAUAACAAGUAAAAAUAUCGUGAUUUUUCUGAGACGAACUUGAGGUUAAAAAGAUACAUAAGAUUGUAGGAUAAUUUAUAAUAAAAGUAUAUAACGGUUUAAGAAAAGACAUAAUUUUUUUGAUUUAUCUAUUUGAAUAUAACACGCUCUUAUUAUGAGUGUGUAUUGUUUAUGAG